AUCUAUUUCAAACUAUGGCUCGUACAAAACAAACAGCUCGUAAAUCAACUGGUGGCAAAGCACCUCGUAAACAAUUAGCAACCAAAGCUGCUCGCAAAUCAGCACCUACUACAGGUGGCGUUAAGAAACCUCAUCGUUACAGACCCGGUACCGUUGCUCUUCGAGAAAUCCGCCGAUAUCAAAAAUCAACUGAACUCUUGAUCCGCAAAUUACCUUUCCAACGUCUUGUUCGUGAAAUUGCUCAAGAUUUCAAGACUGAUUUACGUUUCCAAUCAUCUGCUAUUGGUGCAUUGCAAGAAGCAUCUGAAGCCUACCUUGUUUCUUUGUUUGAAGAUACCAAUUUGGCUGCCAUCCAUGCUAAGCGCGUCACCAUUCAACCCAAGGAUAUUCAAUUGGCUCGUCGUCUUCGUGGUGAACUCCUUUACCCCUCCCUCUUUUCUUUUUUUUUAUAUACAAUGCCAUUGGACUAUAGCAAAUGGGAUAAUCUUGAAUUAUCAGAUGAUUCUGAUAUCGAAGUACAUCCUAAUGUUGAUAAACGGUCAAUGAUUCGUUGGAAACAACAAGCAAUUCAUCAAGAACGGGCUGAACGAAGAGCCAAGAUGGAUCACCUGGAGCAGCUUAUCCCUCAACAACAACGCACCAUGGAACAAAUCCGUCAUCUGAUGACAGUUUUGACAACGCAAGGCGUACAAGCAGUAUUAGCCGCCAUUGGUGAACAACAGCAAAAGGCACGAGAACAAGGCAUCUCUCAACAACAAGCAAAGGAUGGUAUGUCUUUGGAUCAAGUCUUUGACACCAUGGUGCAACAAAUUCAAACAGGCUUACAACAGUCUUCUGAAGAUACCAUCAAGCAAUCUCUUUUGGACCGUUUACAACAAACUCUAGCCGCAACUAAAAAGGUGUGUGAUGAUGCCCAAGCCGAAUUGGCCAAACUGACAAAGGAAGCGAAUAAGAAAAUGACAAGUGAAAAUAUGUUCCACGAAACUUCAAAUCGAACGGUGAUGAAUAAAUCUACUUCCUCUAAACCAAAGAAACUUACCAAGAAGAAAGAAACUGUGACGGAAACUUUGAAUCCACAUGCAAAAAUGAAGGAAUUGUCACUUGAUGAUGCACCCAAGAAAGAACAAUCAACGACCAUGGAUACCACUGUGGAUGAUGAAGAAGAUGAAUCUGAUACUGAUAUUGAAUUAUCACCCAAAGCAGCAGCAUUUGCCAAACUCGAAGGCUUUGGACCCAGCUUAACAUAUAUUCAAAAGAACAGUGAGAUUGUGAAGGAAGCAAUUGCUGAUCAAAUCAUGGCAGAGGCAUUCUCAGCUCAACUUCGUGGGGAAGCUCGAUUUGCAAAGAAUUGUGUGAUUCAAUCAUUGACAUUACAAUACUGCGGACAACUUGGCUCUGAUGGUGUGAACGUGUUUUUCCAACGAAUGCAAGGCUCAAAUGAACAAGCACGACGUAUGUUUGCCGAUGAUGUGACCAAAACGUAUGAACGAAUUGAACAACGAUGUCAAGAAUUAGCACAAGAACAAGAACAAAAUGCUGAAGUUGAAACCAUUCAAUUACAACCACUCUCAGAAGGAUCUCAAUUGACUGUUCGUAUUCCCAAAGAAGAUGAUCCUGAACUCAAAUCAUCAGAAGAAGGUGCUCGUAUUUUGGAAGUCUAUCGUUCGUUACCUCCUUCAUUCCGUACCGCUUUGGAAACAGGUAGUCUGGAGAAGAUCAACAAAGCUCUGGAAAAGAUGAAAUUACAAGAUGCUGAAUUUGUCGUGGAAGUAUGUUCGAACUAUGGAUUUUUGGAUUUGGAUGGACAAGUGAUCGAUCAGACGGAUCAAGGUGUACAAAAGAAUUAAGUUAUAGCAUAGUAUAUUGUUUUUUAUUAUUAUUAUUAUUCUGGAUUCAAUAAAGAUAUAUUGGGGGUAUGUUUUAUU